GAGCAUUUUUGCUUCAUGUAUCUCAAGGCUCUGUGCAUUCUCUGUCCUUGGAAUUUCUGUGUGUUUGCAUCACACUUGGCUCCGGUGUCUUAUUAUCGGGUCACAGUGUCUGUCACACUUACCCUAAGUACCCUCUCAUCCCAUCGUGGCAGUCUGUGUCCCUCAGCCCAGGUCUCGCCUGUCAUCACGUCAGGGAUCCGUGCUGACCCCCGCGGGGACUACGUGAAGAUACCCAGUAGCUCAGGACUACUAGCCAUCUCACCACAUUCACUUUAAGUUGGACGUGAAAAGCAGCUCACUUUGUUAAACCUUUUACUUAAGUGUAAUGUAGUUUUGGAAUCCACCUGUGAAAUAUUAUUUAAGGUUAUGAAAAAAACUUCAGCUGCCAGGACACUUACGGAGAGCUAUCAUGGAAAAGUCCUGGAUGCUGUGGAACUUCGUUGAGAGAUGGCUAAUAGCCUUGGCUUCGUGGUCUUGGGCUCUCUGUCGUAUUUCUCUCCUACCAUUAAUAGUGACUUUUCAUCUGUAUGGAGGCAUUAUCUUACUUUUGUUAAUAUUCAUAUCAAUAGCAGGCAUUCUCUAUAAAUUCCAGGAUGUAUUGCUUUAUUUCCCAGAACAGCCGUCGUCUUCGCGCCUCUAUGUUCCCAUGCCCACUGGUAUUCCACACGAAAACAUUUUCAUUAGAACCAAAGACGGAGUGCGUCUGAAUCUUAUUUUGAUAAGAUACACUGGAGACAAUUCACCCUAUUCCCCAACUGUAAUUUAUUUUCACGGGAAUGCGGGCAACAUAGGUCACAGGUUACCAAAUGCAUUGCUUAUGUUGGUCAACCUCAAAGUGAAUCUGCUGCUGGUUGAUUAUCGAGGGUACGGAAAAAGUGAAGGAGAAGCGAGUGAAGAAGGACUCUACUUAGAUUCAGAAGCCGUACUAGACUAUGUGAUGACCAGGCCUGACAUCGAUAAAACGAAAAUUUUUCUUUUUGGCCGUUCCUUGGGAGGAGCGGUGGCUAUUCAUCUGGCUUCUGAAAAUUCACAUAGGAUUUCAGCCAUUAUGGUGGAGAACACAUUUUUAAGCAUACCGCAUAUGGCCAGCACUUUAUUUUCCUUCUUUCCAAUGCGUUACCUUCCUUUAUGGUGCUACAAAAAUAAAUUUUUGUCCUACAGAAAAAUUUCUCAGUGCAGGAUGCCUUCCCUCUUCAUCUCCGGACUCUCUGACCAGUUAAUUCCCCCCGUGAUGAUGAAGCAGCUGUCUGAGCUUUCCCCGUCUCGGACUAAGAGACUGGCCAUUUUCCCAGACGGAACGCAUAACGACACGUGGCAGUGCCAAGGCUACUUCACUGCGCUUGAACAGUUCAUCAGAGAAGUCAUCAAGAGCCACUGUCCUGAAGAAAUGACGAAAGCGUCCUCCAGUGUCACGAUUAUAUGACAGCUCUUUGACUAACGCACUGUAUUUUAAUUUGUGCAGAAGGAUAAAGAAGGUUCCUUCCUAGAAGUGUGUUAUGUCUUGUCUGAAAGUGACAUUAAACUUAGAAGGGACCUCCGUGCUCCUUUAUAAUGAUCCAUAUCAUUUUUUACAUUUGAGGAACUGUCAUUCUUGGGGUUAUUUCAUACAUUUUCAUCAAAACUUUGAAUGUGGGUAUGUAGCCAUAAUUUUAGUUUAAUAUGUCAGUGUAAUAGAUUAUUCAAAAGUUUCUUGUUGCUUAAAUGGCAUAAUCUGUUACACUUAGGUUAAUAGCUGGAUGUUGAAGGCGAUGUGUAAACAAGAAACCUUUGGUAAAUUCGUAAUUCCUUUAGUAAAUAUCGGGACAAUCAUGGUAAGCAAACUUAGUUCUGCAACUGUAUUUUUCACCUUACAAGUUAAAUGAAAUGCAUGAUCGUAUUUUAUUCCUUGACUUAUGCAAUGCAACAUUUUUACUGUAAAUAGCACUGGUCAUAGACCAAUGUAUAUGGGUACCUGGGUUAUAUCUAUUUUUAUGUAAACUCUAUUUUGGUUUUGGCAGGAAGUGAAAUGAGGCCCGUGUGCAGGUUGUCUUUGAAUUUUGUUCUGGUGAAUGCUGAGAUACAGCUUUUUCUUACAAAUAAAUGGGACCCUAUUUUCCAAUAUAAAUGUACCAUGUUUUUUGUGAGAUAGCCUGGAUCAUGGCAGGUACAAACUGAAACUUAGAAUUUAUUGCAGCUUUCUGUGCACAUUUGGACUUUUUAACAUUUGUAAUUUUGCUGGCAAAGAGAAUUUUAGCUGCUGUGAGUUUUGUAAGUCUACAGGUGAACUGCUAAUAGUGGUCAUAGUGAAAAUCCGAAUUUGCUUAAGACUUAAGUUAGGAAGACUUGUUACACGAUUGUACAUACUAUCUUGGUAAUUCUUACAUUUAAGUCCUAGUACCUAGGGUAUACCUAGUCCACCAAAGGCCAAGAUAAUACUUAUUGGACUUUUUAAAGAUAAGUAAAAGUUAUAAAUCAGAAGCAAGCAGUGUUCUUAGCUUAAUGUUCCAUUUGCUUUGAAAUAGAAUUUCAUCAAAAGACAGCUUUAGAAAGUCUUACAUUUUUAUUUUUUAAUUUUUUACAUGUGAGAAUGAAGGAAGUCUAGAGAUUUUUGACACAACCUACGACCACAUUUAACAAUUAAAUGGCUAUAGGUGGGAAGUAGUAUUUAGA